AAACGCUUGAGGUUCUGUUAUGUGUUCGUGUUUGUAAACCCCACUCGUCAUUCAGCUGUCUCACUGAAGGUGGAACUUGGUUGUCAUGAAGUCUGCUGUGUGCAUCUCCUCGUCUGUCAGGGCAGUGUGUCAGCACAGCUCAGCCUUCUCCACAUUCAAUCUUGCAUUAAUCCGCUGCAGUUCAGUGGGAACAUGCUCUCCUGUGGCCAGCAGAACUGUGGCUGCACAGCCACCAUGUUUAACAGGUUUGCGUCCUUUCCACAGUGCACAUGUAAACACAGCAAUGGUCCAGCAGGUGAGAGCAGCCCCUCUCCUCACUCCAGUGCUUUUACCAGUGAAAGGAGACGAUCACCUGACUGUGCAACAGAUAGUGAGACGCAUUACGCCUAAAGCGGAAUCAGGAUCAGCUCUCCCCAGUCUCCCUCCAUACACACUGCACACCAAACCACAGAGCAGUGCAACUGCACUAGUCAAUAUCCAGUCUCUGUUUGAAGACGAUGUGAUCCCAGAGCUGUGUGCCAGGCUGGCAGACUCCCCCAUCAAGGAGAGAGCAGAGGGACUCACCACUUUACUCAGAGUAUGUGUUGAGUGUGGCUUAGAAGGCCACAGUCCUGUAGUCGUCAAACUGAUCAAAGCGUGCCAGAAGCUCCUCACCACCACCGGGGGCAUUGGGGUGACUCAGCUCUGCCACCUGGGUGAGGUGGCUCAUGCCCUGGAAGGCCGUCAGUCUGCGGUGUUGAUGGAGGUCCUGAACGUCAUCGGUGCUGCUCUAGAAGACAGUUGUGUCUCUCCCAGAGAAGCUGUCAGAGUUCACGCCUUGCUCGCUCUGUGUUACGAGCCUGGCAGCCAGCAGCAGGCUCUCAUGCUGUCCUCUUUGCACAAAGUCACACAGGGGCUGGUGCACCAGCUGAGUGCCAGUCAAGUCAGUGAUCUUCUGCAGCACCUACUGAAGUUCCAGCACGGACAGGCUGUCGCCCUGGUGCUGAGGCUGAGUCACAGAGCAUCACAGGUUUUCAGUGCCUUCAGUGACAGUGAAAUAAUUCAGGUGCUCUCUGCCCUGAUGUGUUUGGGGCAUCGUCAUGAAAAACUCCGGACUGCAAUGGAGAAAGUGCUACCAGAGAGGCUGGGGAAAUGUGAGCCAGAGCUGAUCAGCUCUGUCAUGGAGUACUGUCUGCAGACCAGGUGCCGCUCUGAGACAAUUUUUGAGGCUGUGGCUGAGAACUUUGUGUGCAAUGCUGACAGGCACACUGCCCCUCAGAUAGCCAAACAGAUUGUUGCCAUGGGGAGACUCAACUACCUGCCAAAGUGCUCCGGUCAGAUGUUUAAGAAGCUGGAGAGUAUUUUAUCUACAAGGUUGUCCCACUUCCAGCCUCGCUCCCUGAUAGACGUGCUGCACGCCUGCAUCCACCUGGAGCGCUUUCCACUCAACUACAUGUCCAAAGUCUUCAGUCCUUACUUCCUACAGCGGCUGCAAGCACAGGGGCAGCCAAUGGACAAGAAUACAUUGAGACAACUGACACAGCUCCAUCUUUCCAUCUCGUUAGAAUGUCAACAUUACUGGGGUCCCAGAUUGCCUCACUUCAUCCAUGUGAGGAAGUUCUCCUCUGUGGACGAGGCCUUUGAGACACCCGUGGAGAAUCCGUUGUACCAACAGGUCAAAGUGUCACUCACUCAAGUCCUGGGUGGAAAGUUUUACUCUACCAGAAUCUUAAUCCCCAGUGGAUACACGAUAGAUGUGGAGAUUUGUCUGGAUGAGGAUGGAUACAUUUUGCCUCUUUCUCAGUGGGAGCACACGUACAAGAGGGUGGCGCUGUGUCUCGAUGGGAAAACCCGCUUCUGCAGUAACACACGACACCUGCUGGGGAAGGAAGCCACUAAAAGGAGACACCUCCGCAGAAUGGGCUAUGAGGUGGUGCAGAUCCCUUACUUUGAAUUUGAGAAGCUGAGGACCCGGAAGGAAAAAGUCCAAUAUCUUCAUGACAAAAUGUCUCCCACCAUCCUCAAGUUCAACCACUGAGUUUGGUCACAUCACAAAUUCAACCAGAGGUUCUUCAUUUAUGUGCAGUGGCUGAUCUGCAUGUUAAUACAAAUCUACUCCUAUCAUUGAAUUUGACAGAAAAAUAUGAAAUAAUUCAUCAUUUGUCAUAUUUUGAGCAUUAAGAAAAUAAGGAUAUUUUAAAAUUGUGCAGCAUCUGAUAUCAAAGUUGCCUGCUUAUGCCAGCAGGUACUGAAUAUGUAUACUUUUAAUAAAAAUAAAGUCACCUUAUUUCUACUAUAUUUCCACUGCCUGUACCAUGGAGAGGAACUUUGUAUUUAUUUUUUUUAAAUGGACAUGAAUA